AUGCCUUCGCAGCGUCGAGUCCGGCUGUAUGGCGUCCUCGCGCUCGUCACAAUCGUCGUUCUUCUCUACAUGUCCAGAGCAGCACACCAAACACACAGCUCGGAUUUCUACACCAAAACGCAGCAGGCGCUGCAAGAGCGAGAGCAUGCAGCCGCCGCAAAGCAGAGGGACGCCGAGAGCGUGCAAGCACGGCUCCAAGCAGCAGAGGAGCAGGCGAAGAAGGCAGCAGACAGCAAAGACAAAUCAGGCAAAGUCGCAAUAGAGGGAAACGCCAAGAAGGGCGUGGCAGGAAGGGUGGAGAUCGACUCGCAAGACGACAAGAAAGUCCCCGGCGUCGCAGCACAAGGCGGGCGAACUCGAGACCAGGCGGCCAUGCAGAAAGACGAGACGCUCGAGGAGCACGAAGUCGAGGUGGAGCUAGAUUUCAUCCUCAAGCAGAGCCCAGUCAUCGUGUUCUCCAAGUCCUACUGCCCCCACUCAAAGAAGGCGAAACACAUCCUCCUCGACAAAUACCGCAUCCUCCCCGAGCCCCACGUGGUCGAAUUAGACUUGCACCCACUGGGCCCCAAACUCCAAGAACUCCUCGCACAUAUGACGGGCAGGAGAACAGUACCAAACGUACUCCUCGUCGGCAAGAGCAUAGGCGGCGGCGACGAGAUGCAGGAACUCGAUGAGACGGACACGCUGGCGAGCAAAUUCAAAGAGAUUGGCGGCACCCGCAUCAAGGAGGUCGACCAUCGCGAUGCGCGCCCGGAGAUACGGCGACAGCGGCGCGUCUAG